ACAACAAUGCAACAGCAACAACCGCAGCUGCCACUGCAGCUACCAACAUCACCGCCGCAGCUUCUACUGUAAACAACAAUGCAACAGCAACAACCGCAGCUGCCACUGCAGCUACCAACAUCACCGCCGCAGCUUCUACUGUAAACAACAAUGCAACAGCAACUACCGCAGCUGCCACUGCAACUAUCAACAUCAACACCACAGCUGCUACUGUAAACAACAAUGCAACAGCAACUACCGCAGCUGCCACUGCAGCUAUCAACAUCACCACCACAGCUGCUACUGUAAACAACAAUGCAACAGCAACUACCGCAGCUUCCACUGCAGCUACCAACAUCACCACCGCAGCUGCUACUGUAAACAACAAUGCAACAGCAACAACCGCAGCUGCCACUGCAGCUACCAACAUCACCACCACAGCUUCUACUGUAAACAACAAUGCAACAGCAACAACCGCAGCUGCCACUGCAGCUACCAACAUCACCACCGCAGCUGCCACUGUAAACAACAAUGCAACAGCAACUACCACAGCUGCCACUAAAGCUACCAACACCACCGCAGCUUCUACUGUAAACAACAAUGCAACAGCAACUACCGCAGCUGCCACUGCAGCUACCAACAUCAUCACCGCAGCUGCCACUGUAAACAACAAUGCAACAGCAACUACCGCAGCUGCCACUGCAGCUACCAACAUCACCACUACAGCUGCCGUUGCUACCACCCCAACUACGACAACAUCUCAACUGACAACAGCAGUAGCAACUCCAGCUCCUGAGCUUUUCAUCAUAGCAGCACGUCUCACUACUCCGAUUGAUCGUACCGGGUGUGGCACCACUGAUUUGUGCAUAUCUGAGGCCCCGAAUUGUGAUCCAUCACAAAGCCCUUGUAUCUUCUUGGCUGUUCGCUCAGUCGGUGGUGAUCGGUUCAGAUUUAAGUUUUCAGGAUUUUCAAGUGGCUACAUUGCUAUCAUCAUCUCACCUGACACCACACUGGGAGGAAAUGACACCAUGUACAUCUGUAACGACAAUAAGAAUACAUCGGUAAAAUUUUUCAGUGCUCUGUUUGACCAGGGCACAGUGACUUUGGUGUCGCCACAAAGUGUGACCUCAGUGACGGGUAACGUCGCAGGAACAAGGAUCCAGUGUGUAUUUGAGGCACUGUUAUUUAUCCCAAUGGGACGAACCCUAAACAACUUACUGUCGAUGGGCACUGGAACUGUUAUUGAAAAUGGAACUGCAAAACCUCCAGAACUCACAUACCAAGGGAUGGGAGUUGAUUUUAACACUCCAAACUCCACUGUCCCCAUGAAUUUAAUUUCUUCAACCACAAGCCCGACGACUGUAGCAACAACUGUGACUACCAUAGUGACAAACGCUACCUCCCCUACCGUGGCUACCACAGCAGUAACCAAUGCCACCACUGCGGCAGCCAAUGUUACCUCCCCUACAGUGUCUACCACAGCAGCUACCAAUGCCACCACUGCGGCAGCCAAUGUUACCUCCCCUACAGUGUCUACCACAGCAGUAACCAAUGCCACCACUGCGGCAGCCAAUGUUACCUCCCCUACCGUUGCAACGACAGCAGCUACCAAUGCCACCACUGCGGCAGCCAAUGUUACCUCCCCUACAGUGUCUACCACAGCAGUAACCAAUGCCACCACUGCGGCAGUCAAUGUUACCUCCCCUACCGUUGCAACGACAGCAGCUACCAAUGCCACCACUGCGGCAGCCAAUGUUACCUCCCCUACAGUGUCUACCACAGCAGUAACCAAUGCCACCACUGCGGCAGCCAAUGUUACCUCCCCUACAGUGUCUACCACAGCAGUAACCAAUGCCACCACUGCGGCAGCCAAUGUUACCUCCCCUACAGUGUCUACCACAGCAGUAACCAAUGCCACCACUGCAGCAGCCACUGCAGCUACCAACAUCACCACCGCAGCUCCUACUGUAAACAACAAUGCAACAGCAACUACCGCAGCUGCCACUGCAGCUACCAACAUCACCACUACAGCUGCUGUUGCUACCACCCCCACAACGACAACAUCUCAACUGACAACAGCAGUAGCAACUCCAGCUCCUGAGCUUUUCAUCAUAGCAGCACCUCUCGCUACUCCGACUGAUCGUACGGGGUGUGGCACCACUGAUUUGUGCAUAUCUGAGGCCCCGAAUUGUGAUCCAUCACAAAGCCCUUGUAUCUUCUUGGCUGUUCGCUCAGUCGGCGGUGAUCGGUUCAGAUUUAAGUUUUCAGGAUUCUCAAGUGGCUACAUUGCUAUCAUCAUCUCACCUGACCUCACGCCGGGAGAAGAUGACACCAUGUACAUCUGUAACAACAAUGACAACAACAAGAAAGGAUCUGUCAUAUUUUUCUCCGGUCUGUUUGACCCGGGAGAGGUGACUUUGGUGCCGCCACAAAGUGUGACCUCAGUAACGGGCAGCGUCACAGGAAGAAGAAUCCAGUGUGUAUUUGAGGCACCGUUAUUUAUCUCAAUGGGAAGAAGCCUAACAAACAGCCUGUCACUCGGCGAAGGAAAACAGGCAAUCUCAGACAACGGAACUAUAGAAACUCCAGAAAUCACAUACCGAGGGGUUGGAAUAGACUUUAACAAUACAAACUCCACUGUACCCGAAAAUUUGAUUUCCAUAAAUGCAAGCACAACCACUGUAGCUGCCAGCACUGCCACCAGUGCGGUGACUAGUGCAACCACACCUACUGCAGGUGCCACUGCAGCUACCAACAUCACCACUGCAGCUGCUACUGUAAACAACAAUGCAACAGCAACAACCUCAGCUGCCACAGCAGCUACCAACAUCACCGCCGCAGCUUCUACUGUAAACAACAAUGCAACAGCAACUACCGCAGCUGCCACUGAAGCUAUCAACAUCACCACCACAGCUGCUACUGUAAACAACAAUGCAACAGCAACUACCGCAGCUGCCACUGCAGCUACCAACAUCACCACCGCAGCUGCUACUGUAAACAACAAUGCAACAGCAACAACCGCAGCUGCCACUGCAGCUACCAACAUCAACACCGCAGCUUCUACUGUAAACAACAAUGCAACAGCAACAACCGCAGCUGCCACUGCAGCUACCAACAUCACCGCCGCAGCUUCUACUGUAAACAACAAUGCAACAGCAACAACCGCAGCUGCCACUGCAGCUACCAACAUCACCGCCGCAGCUUCUACUGUAAACAACAAUGCAACAGCAACUACCGCAGCUGCCACUGCAACUAUCAACAUCAACACCACAGCUGCUACUGUAAACAACAAUGCAACAGCAACUACCGCAGCUGCCACUGCAGCUAUCAACAUCACCACCACAGCUGCUACUGUAAACAACAAUGCAACAGCAACUACCGCAGCUUCCACUGCAGCUACCAACAUCACCACCGCAGCUGCUACUGUAAACAACAAUGCAACAGCAACAACCGCAGCUGCCACUGCAGCUACCAACAUCACCACCACAGCUUCUACUGUAAACAACAAUGCAACAGCAACAACCGCAGCUGCCACUGCAGCUACCAACAUCACCACCGCAGCUGCCACUGUAAACAACAAUGCAACAGCAACUACCACAGCUACCACUAAAGCUACCAACACCACCGCAGCUUCUACUGUAAACAACAAUGCAACAGCAACUACCGCAGCUGCCACUGCAGCUACCAACAUCAUCACCGCAGCUGCCACUGUAAACAACAAUGCAACAGCAACUACCGCAGCUGCCACUGCAGCUACCAACAUCACCACUACAGCUGCCGUUGCUACCACCCCAACUACGACAACAUCUCAACUGACAACAGCAGUAGCAACUCCAGCUCCUGAGCUUUUCAUCAUAGCAGCACGUCUCACUACUCCGAUUGAUCGUACCGGGUGUGGCACCACUGAUUUGUGCAUAUCUGAGGCCCCGAAUUGUGAUCCAUCACAAAGCCCUUGUAUCUUCUUGGCUGUUCGCUCAGUCGGUGGUGAUCGGUUCAGAUUUAAGUUUUCAGGAUUUUCAAGUGGCUACAUUGCUAUCAUCAUCUCACCUGACACCACACUGGGAGGAAAUGACACCAUGUACAUCUGUAACGACAAUAAGAAUACAUCGGUAAAAUUUUUCAGUGCUCUGUUUGACCAGGGCACAGUGACUUUGGUGUCGCCACAAAGUGUGACCUCAGUGACGGGUAACGUCGCAGGAACAAGGAUCCAGUGUGUAUUUGAGGCACUGUUAUUUAUCCCAAUGGGACGAACCCUAACAACUUACUGUCGAUGGGCACUGGAACUGUUAUUGAAAAUGGAACUGCAAAACCUCCAGAACUCACAUACCAAGGGAUGGGAGUUGAUUUUAACACUCCAAACUCCACUGUCCCCAUGAAUUUAAUUUCUUCAACCACAAGCCCGACGACUGUAGCAACAACUGUGACUACCAUAGUGACAAACGCUACC